AGCAGCUUGGAGCAGACAUUUUCUCUCUCUCUCCUAUUGAAAAAGCUACGGUCUGGUUGAAAUAUUAUCAAUUAUUUAUUGUAAAAGCAACCUGUGGAUUGGUUAUAAUAAACGUUUGACAUAUUUCUACGAACCUUACGAAUACUAUUUGGAAUUUUCAUCUGCCCCGUCGUGACCGCUCGAGCCUGUGGAUUUCUGAACAUAACGCUCCAACCAAAUGGAGAUAUUUUGGAGAAAAAUCUUUAUAGAACAAAAGGAACAUUUAUUGUGUAACUGGGAGUCUCGUGAGUGCAAACAUCCGAAGUUCAUCAAAGACUGCUGUCAUUAACCCAGAUUCAGUGGUCGUGGUGAACCCUUGUGGAAAAUGGCCCAGUCAUCCCGGAUGUCUGCACCAGGGACUCUCUGAGGGGACUGGGAUGAUAACCAGAGAGCAAGCUGGACAAGGGUCGGAUGCAGAGGAACCACAGCUACAGACGAGAGAGGAGGGGAGAUACUUUGCCCUCUGAGGAGCAAAGGCACAUCGGGAGUGGAUGAGUACCCAUUGAACAUUCUUCAUUUUUUCCUAAAGAGCUUUUUACUUAAUAGCUCAGGUUAUCGUUGUGGAAUUUCUUUCUGUUAUAAAAGGAGUUUGACAGAGAAAGACAUUAAGUAUAGUUCAAAGAGGAACAAAUUGGUAUUUGGAUACCAAUAUACCACAGAAGGAGUGGAUGUUGGUGGAUAUAAUUUAUUUGUUUUGGGGGGGAAUCUCUCAGAUAUACAAUACUUAGAUCUUGUAAAGGACUCAAUGGCAGCUUACAAUAAGACAGGCUGGAUGGGAGAGUCGGGUGCCAACCUCACUGCCAUGAUGCCAGGUGUGAGACUCAUACUAACCCCUGUUGUAUACACUUUCAUGACACCAGAAAUGAUGGGAUGGGUCCUGAGUGUGGCUUCUCUCCUCAUCAUCUCCACCAACCUACUGGUGGUGGCUGCUCUCUUUCAGCUGAUGCGCAGGAAGGGCAGUCAGAGCUGGUGCUUCGUGCUCAACCUGGCCCUGGCAGAUAUCCUGGUGGGCCUGGCUAUCACUGGCAUUGUCACAGACGUGUUUCAAAAUUACAAUACCGUGAACAAUGGAACUAUUCCAAUUACUCAACCGCUACUCCUGAUGCACUCCACACAGAAGACCAAGUGUUUACUCCGCAUGGCCUUCAUCAUCUCCCCCUCAACUGCGUCCAUCUUGUCCAUGUUCCUGAUCUCUCUGGACCGCUACGUGGCCAUCAAGCUGCCUCUGCGCUACUCCCAGCUCACUGGGAGGUGGACCGUGACUGGGGCCCUGGUAGCACUCUGGAUGGUAUCCCUCACCGUUGGCUUCCUACCAGGCAUGGCAUGGCAGCUCCAGCAGGGAGACUUUGAAAGCAGCAGCCUUUGCACCUUCUUCUCUGUCAUCCGUCCCAAAGGCAUCAUUGUGGUGUUCUGUGCCGUCUUCUUCCCCGUCCUCUCUGUCUUCACCUACUUCUACCUGGACAUUCUGAAGAUAGCUUGCGGCCAUCAGAGGCAGAUCCGCCAGGCCCGUCAGGCCGGCUCCAGGCUGCCCCAGCGCAGCCGCUACUGGGGCCACGUCAAGGCCCUGAGGACCGUGGCUCUGCUGGUGGGCUGUUUCACCCUCAGCUGGUGCCCAUUUUUUGUGGUGUGUGCAGUGCAGGUGCUGUGUGAGGCCUGUGAGUUGUACAAGGUGCUGGAGAAUGACCUGUGGCUGCUGGGGCUGUCUAACUCCCUCAUCAACCCUCUGGUGUACGCCUGCUGGCAGAGGGAGGUGCGGCUGCAGAUCGGGGCCCUCUUCUGCUGUGUUAAGGACAGGGUCAAGAACACAGCCGUGUUAGAGGCUAGUGAGAGAUGUCAGACAGAGCUGCGUAUACCCACACAUACUGUUAUAUCUGUGGACGAUGCCAUGAGCCUGGACCCCACCUUUCCCACGGUCACCAGUGAAGAGGGCCACACUGUACCGUUUUCUGCCUCAACCCCCUUGUGAAUGACUU